AUGCUCGCCGCUAGAGGGAGCGCCGCGUCGUUCUCUGCCACCGGGCUGGGCUCCCAGCGGCAGCUGGACCUGGCGGCCGCCGGGGCUUGGGGUUUCUUGGGAAACGAGUUCCUUGAACCUUUCCCAUGGCUGUUCUUGUCGUGGGCGGACCUCAGUUUCACAGGGACGGCAAUGAGGCUGGAGCUCAGAGAGAUGGAGAAGCCUCUGAAGCCGCAGCAGCAGGAGCAGAAGGCACAGCCGCAGGGCCCUCCGGAAAGAACAGAGAAGAGAAGUGGAUGCUGCAGACCUGAGCUAGGAUGUUCUCUGUGA